AUGAGUCCAGAUAUAAAAUUGUUGGUCAUCGGAGCCGGCACUACCGGUCUCUUAAUUGCUCAAGGUCUCAAGAAAGCAGGCAUACCUUUCGAGAUAUUCGAGCGAGAAAUCUCGGCCAACGCAACAAACCGUGAUCGCAAUUGGUCGAUGGCCUUACAUUGGGGUUCACAACAUCUCAAUUCAUGUCUCCCGGAUGAAAUCCUCACGAAGAUAAGAUCUAUUGAAUGCGAUCCCUACUAUCAAGAUGAACACGGCGUCAUGCCACCUGUGUCAUUUAAAAAUGCGCAAAGUGGAGAGGUAUUAUUGGACCUCCCCUCUGAUGGUAUGCGACGUGUAAACAGAAGGAAAAUGAGGAGCUUGUUCUCCGAAGGUCUUCAUAUACAAUACAAUAAGAGGCUCACCUCCUUUACAGCCUCGGAUACAACUGUCAUGGUUACGUUCGAGGAUGGCACCUCGACAAGCGGAACCCAUCUUGUAGGAGCAGAUGGGGCAAAGUCCUUACUUCGUACCAAUCUAAUUGGGGACAGAGCAGCCCUCACACUUCUGCCGUACACGUUUUACAAUUUUAAAACGAACUUUACAGCUGAGCAGGCUCGUUAUCUUAAAGAUACUUCUGCUUUCCAUCCUAUCAUGAACUUUGGUAUCAACCAAGAGCUUAGAACUCUCGCCAUGGUGACGAUUUUAGAUGUUGCGAAUAGGGAUAAACCCGAGACUUGGACAUUUCAGCUAUCGUGGAGUGUUUUUGAGAAGGAUCCAGAAUAUCGAGCACGGGUGACUACUAUGAGCAACGAGGAGAAAUUGAAUUUCUUACAAAGCAACGCGGAGCUAUGGAUGGAUCCGUGGAAAAGCGCGCUCAAAUGGGUGCUAAAGGGAACUGAAAUCCCUGUAGACUUCUGUAUGCUGUGGAAGGAACCCGUACAAUGGAACAAUCAUCAAGGUCGUGUAACCCUUGCAGGUGAUGCGGCUCAUCCAAUGCCACCUCAUCGUGGUCAAGGUCUCAACAAUGCCAUCCAAGACGCCGCCAAUUACAUCGAAGCCAUCAAGAAGAUCAGAAAUGGAACAAGCUCUGCUGUAGAAGCCAUAUCUGCCUACGAUAAUGAAGUAUUCGAGCGAGGAAAGAAAGAGAUAAACAUAUCUGCCGCUUCAGCUGUAGCAACGCACGAUGUGGAGAGUUUUAAGCAGGGUCCUCUGUAUAAAAUGGGUAUCCAACAGCCUAAAGCAGUGGAUGAGGUAGCUGUUGCCGCUUUGGCUUAG